CUCGCCAGAGGGGGAACCGGGACGGAGCGGAGCGGCACCGAGCGAAGCACGCUGAAGUGGUGUGAGUGCUAGCGAGUCAGUCGCAGACUGGAGUGCCCUGUGAGAGCAGGGGACGGACCGACAACACCAACUGGCAUAACCAAUCGCUCGUGCGCUCGACGCUUCGCCGUCUGUCUGUCUGUCCGAAUGUCCGUCCCGUCGUCGUUCGUUAUUCAUUUCUCUCGUUAUUCUUAUUAUUAUCAUACACGACGUUACGGCGGACACGCGUUUUCGGUCCUCCUUCUGCAACGCGACGCGAAAAUAUUUCAAUUAUUCAAUCAACUUACGUGAAACGUAAUUUAUCGACACAUAUAUAUAGAGAAAGAGAGAGAGAAAAUUCCUAGUAUAACAGUGUGAGAAAGAAACAGAAACAGGAAGAGGGAGAGAGAGAAGAGAGAGACAGACAGAGACAGAGAAUGCUCUCUCCAGUGGACACUUCACAGCCUAACGGCAGGACGCCCUGAUGGCUGGACCAUCAUCAUCCUCGUUACUCAUUCGUCACGUCACGAGGACAACGGCAACAAAAGCAACAGCAAGAAAACCAACGACAACAACAUCAACAUCAACAUCAACAACAACAACAACGACGUCGACGACGACGACAUCGACGACGACGACGACGACGACGACGUCGACGACGACGACGACGACGAUUACGACUACGAAGAAACGAGCGCAGAGACCUAGUGAUCGAGUGCAGUGCAGAUCGGAGUGAUUGGGCACGGUGCAAUUGUGACUCGCGAUCUAUCAUAUCGUUUCACGUGCCCGUGAGAAAAAGGGAUUCUUCAGCGGUUGGGAAAAGGAGGCGGGAGUUUCCUCUUCUUUUUUUUUUUUUGUUUUUUUUCUUCUCUCUCUGGGAGGUUCCUCCUUCAAAAACACACAGAGAGUACACACACAUACGAACAAGAACAACAACAACAACAACAACAACAACAACAACGUGUGCUAUCCGCGAUCGAGAGAUACCAGCUCCGAUGUCGGCCUACGCUCAAUUCGGAUAUUCCUAUCCGUCGGCUUCCCAGCUGCUAGUGAGCGGCGGGCAGCCGACGACGGCGACUUCGCCAGCAAUGUCGUCAGGUGGGGCCUUAAGUCCCGGUGCCCUUUCACCCUCGUCGACGGCGACAACGACGACGGGGGCUGGGGGAGGAACUGGUACUUCCGGUGGCGCUACAACCCCUGUUGCUGCCACGACAGGACCUGGAUGCUGUGAAAAUGGGAGGCCUAUGAUGACUGACCCAGUAACUGGUCAAACAGUUUGCAGUUGUCAAUACGAUAGUGCCGCGAGAUUAGCAUUAGGGGCUUAUCCAAGAUUGGCACCAACUGCUACCUCAUAUUCCUCUUACCCUACACCAACACCUUCUACUACCGAUCAGGCUCCUUACCCUAGUAUCGGUAUGGACAGUUCUGCCUUCUAUUCACCUUUGGGAAAUCCGUACGGUCUGAAGGACGCUACGGGGAUGGGGAUGACGGCGGAUAUGGGUGCUGCAUGGGGUACGGCCGCUCUUCAACCUGCUGCCACGGGUUACUACCCUUACGAUCCGACCCUGGCCGCCUACGGAUAUGGUGCGGGCUACGAUCUCGCGGCACGACGAAAGAACGCGACGAGGGAAUCGACGGCGACCUUGAAAGCCUGGCUGAACGAGCACAAAAAAAAUCCUUACCCAACUAAGGGCGAGAAAAUCAUGCUUGCCAUUAUUACUAAGAUGACAUUGACGCAAGUAUCAACGUGGUUUGCGAAUGCACGAAGACGUUUAAAGAAAGAAAAUAAAAUGACUUGGGAACCGAAAAAUAAGACCGACGACGAUGACGACGCGGUACUUACGGAUUCGGAGGAUAACAAGGAAAAAGACGAUCUUGCGAAUGAUAAUCGUGGCGACAGGGUCGGCGAGGACGCGAGGAGAGGUCUCGACGAUAACGAGCCCAUGAGACACGUCAAGGCCGAACACAUGCAACACGAGAAAGACCUCGACGACGAGGAUGAUCUCGACUUGGAAGAGGAUCCACGUGGCCGUGGUGAACUUCCCUUUCAUCAUACCAUGCAACACCAUCAUCAUCAUCACCAAGGUUAUGCGACGGACGAACAUUUGAAGGACGAAGGUAUAAAAACGGACUGCAGCGGCGGUGGCGUACCGAUACCAGCGACGAAACCAAAAAUCUGGUCAUUGGCGGAUACGGCUGCUUGCAAGACUCCACCACCGCCCUCUCAUCCUCAUCAUCAGCAGUAUCAUCAUCUGCAUCAUCAACAACAUUACGCUCAGCAACAACAUCACCUUGGCAAUCAAGUACACCAUCAUCACUCGCAACAACCUUGGUUAGGAUCUGCUGGUGGUGGUGGCGGUGGUGGUGGUGGCGGUGGUGGUGGUAGUGGAGGUGGUGCUGGCGGUGCUGGAGGUGGUAGUUUGAGUACAUCCUUCGCGUUACCUUCGUCGGCCUCCAUGAGUCCUUCGGCGGCAGCGACCGCACCUUAUUCCAGUGCUGCCGCACGAUACGGCGGUUUCCUAUCGUCCUCAUCCGGUGGACAACUUCAUUACAAUCCAAAUUCCUCGUCUGGUUCAACAUCCUCCGCAUCCUCGUCAGCUGCGGCGGGGUUUCCAGAAGUUGGUACGGAUACCCCACCUCAGACGCCACCCAAUAUGAAAGUGGCUACUCCGAAUGGGGUGAUCCAACCACCACCAGCCGGUUAUUGCCCAACUGGCAAUACCAACCCAACGAGCAACGGUAAUCCCAAUCAUUACGCAACGAGUCAUCCCGGUGCUGGCGGUUAUCUAUCCGCUACAUCUGGAUCAGCUGGUGGAGCCUCGACCUUUGCCUCGAGACUUCAAAGUUCACCGCACAAGGACUUCUCCCCGGCGGGACAAAACUCGAUUCUUCAUCAGCACCAAACCACUGCCAGUUUACCACCGACAGAAGCUACGACUGCGUUUAAACCUUUCUACAAAGGAUCACAAUCAAUGGGUAGUGGGUUCGUAUCGCCGGUCUAAGAAACAUCCAUAGAGAUCCAGGAAAAUCGUCGCUAUCUCUCAAGGCUUAGUAAAACGGGCGCCGAAAAGAGAGAAGAUGGACGGUACGAGGACGAAAAACAAAAUGGAAGUGAUCUAAGAGAUCCCUGAAUUUAUUCUCGUUAUCUUGCCACGAAUAAGAGGAAAAAGAAAGGAGGAAGGAAGGAAGGAAGGAAGGAAGGAAGGAUGGAAGGAAAGAAAGAAAGAAGACAGGGAAGGAAAGAGGAAAGGAAGGAGAAUUGAAGGAAACGGAAUCAGAAAGCUCGAUUUUCGGAUACAUAAAUCUACCCCUUGAUCUCCGCGAGGUGCAAGGAUUGGACUAUUCAGAGGAUGGAAGAAAGAGUGAGAGAGAGAGAGAGAGAGAGAGAGGGUUGGUACAGGCUUAGAGAAGAUUUAGGAAUUAGAGGAAUUACUUCGAAGUGCCUGCACGUGCACGAGUAAGCGAGAAAGAAGCAAUGAAGGAUAGAUCAGAAAGAAGAAGGACGAGAGAAGGGAGGGAGGGUUGGAAAGAGGGAAGGAGGGUAAAGAAUGGUGAACGUGAUAGAGCAAGGAUAUCAAGGUCAGAGAUAAUAUGUUUGCCGUUCUUGUUAAUCGCGCAUCGAAUCAUUGAUAAAAUUCACCUAUCUAUCUAUCUACCUACCUACUUGUCGACAUAAUUGUAAAUAUAGGAAAAAGAGAGAGAGAGAAAGAAGGAGAAGGGAUUGGAAAGAAGGUAAUUUGAGGAUUAAAGAAGGGAUUUUAUUUAGUUCGCUCUAAUUUUCGUUGAAAUCGUUAUCUCUUAUUAUCGGCCAUCACGAAGGAACAAUAUUAAAUCGAAAUACGGGCAACGUGCAAGUAUAUACCUAUACAUAAAUACAUACAUACAUACAUAACAACUUCGGAUAUUAUUAUUAUUAUUAUUAUUAUUAUUAUUAUUAUUAUUAUUAUUAUUAUUAUUAUUAUUAUUAUUAUUAUUAUCGAAAGGCGCCUAAGUCCGAACGGGCCAAAGAUCUUCGUUGAGACUCGACGAAUGUGUGUGUGUUUAUUACCAUAAGAGUGAGGAAGAAACAGAUUGACGAAACAGAAAGAUAUAGAAUGACAGAAAGAGAAAGAGAGAGAGAGACAGAGAGAGAGAGAAAUAAAGAAAAACGAAGGACGAGAUUAUCAUCGUAUUAUGCGAUUGUUGAUUACGAUUAAGGUGAUUAGAAAUUUUUCGAGCUUUCGUAAUAAUUUUUGAUCGACCAAGCCUCUCGUGGCAUCACCUUUCGAAGAACGGAGAUACCUGGACUACUGGCUACAACACUACUUCUACCGCUAACUAAAUACUACAACUACUACUACUACUACUACUACUACUACUACUACUACUACUACUACUACUACUACUACUACUACUACUACUACUACUACUACUGCUACUACACUACUACUACUACUACUACUACUACUACUACUACUACUACUACUAUUACCACUACUACUCUACUACUACUACUACUACUACUACUACCAACUACUACACUACUACUAUUACCUACCUACCUACUACGUACCUAGAUACCUGUUACUGGACUUUUAGGGCACGAAUGGAGGAACUUUCUUAUAAUAGUGUAAUUAUUUCAUUCGACUAUCACAUCGACUCCUUUUCGAACGAUCCACAGAUGAAUUAUAUAUAUAUAUAUAAUAUAUAUAUAUAUAUAUAUAUAUAUAUAUAUAUAUAUAUAUAUGUAUAUUGAUUACGAAUCAUGCAUACACGCGCGUAUACACAAAACGGUAUAUAUAUAUGUUUAUAUAUAUAUAUAUAUAUAUAUAUAUAUAUAUAUAUAAAAGUGGAGCAUAGAAGGGUGAAGUAUACGAACGCGACACACACGAGCGUCGAUUCUAUAUCGUAGAAUAUAUUUAUAAGGCUGUACUUAAAAAAAAAAAGGAAGGAAAAAAGAUUACUCUCGAAGAUGUCGCGAAUUUUCAUCGAGAUUAAAAAGCUCCUAACACACGUACACGUACACGCAUACACUCAUACAUAGCUACACACACAUACACACACUUUCGUGAAUUCCGCAAUCGCAGAGUAUACACGCUAAUGUCUUAUGUAGAUAAAAAUAAUUAGAGGAGGAUUCAUCGGGUGGAAUUUGAUGACGGUGGAAAGUGAAAGGGGGAGGGUGAAGAGAGAGGGAGAGAGGGAGAGAGAGGGAGAGAGAGAGAGAGAGAGAGAGAAGGUAGACGAUCACGAAUCGUUUAAUACGUUGCGACGAACGUUUUGUGCUCGGUGCACGAAAUUGUUGAUAUUUUUUUAUUAUAUGUAUUGUAUAAUGGUAAGGUUCUCUUUUUCAAAAAAAAAAAAAAAGAAUAAAAAAACGGACAAAAAAAGGAUAAAAAAAGAAAAAAGACAGGAAAGGAAGGAAGAAAGAUAGAAGAAGGGGUGAGAAAGAGAGAGAGAGAGAGAAAGAGUUCCGAUCACCAACGACGACACCGUCACAUAAAAAAAAAAAAAGGAAAAAAAAAGGAAAAAAUAUGAAAAAAUGAAAAAAGAAAAAAACAGCCCGUAGGGAUUAUUAUUAUUAACGAUCGUCGUCGAGUUUGUUUAACAAAAUAUAAUAAAGAAAAAAAAAGGAAAAUCGACUAUCAUUUUGUACUUUGGCAUAUACGAUAUAUAAUGCGAGCUAGAGAAAGAAAGAAAGAAAGAAAGAGAGAGAGAGAGAGAGAAAGAGAGAGAAAGAGAGAGAGAGAGAGAGAAAGAGAGAGAGAGAGAAAGAGAGAGAGAGAGAGAGAGAGAGAGAGAGAGAGAAUGUGAACGAACGUGAGAAUGAAAGAGAGAAAGAGAAAGAGAGAGUGAGAAGGAGAAAAUGUACGUACGUAAGAGAGAGAGAGAGAGAGAGAGAGAGAGAGAGAGAGAGAGAGAGAGAGAGAGAGAGAGAGAGAGAAAGAGAGAGAGA